UCUGCCUCCCUGCUGUAUAAACCCAGGAGAAGGCAAGGCACAGUCCGGGUGGCUGCUCACAGCCUGCCAGCCACGGGGCAGAGGGACAGACAGAGCUGGAGAACAGCAGCUGCCACCAAAACCCAGAGCUGGUUCCCUGCCUCACCAGAGCCAUGGAGUUCUCCAAGCUGCCCAGGAUAGAGGAUGUGGAGAAGGAGAGUGUGCUGGGGUUUGUCCACGGCGUCUCCGGGCCAGUGGUCACCGCCAGCAGCAUGGCCGGGGCCGCCAUGUACGAGCUGGUGCGCGUGGGGCACGCCGAGCUGGUGGGCGAAAUCAUCCGUCUCGAGGGAGACCUGGCCACCAUCCAGGUGUACGAAGAGACCUCGGGGGUCUGCGUGGGGGACCCGGUGCUGCGGACGGGGAAGCCGCUCUCGGUGGAGCUGGGCCCGGGCAUCAUGGGCUCCAUCUUUGACGGCAUCCAGCGCCCCUUGAAGGACAUCACCGAGCUGACCCAGAGCAUCUACAUCCCCCGCGGCAUCAACAUCCCCGCCCUGUCUCAGGACGUCAAGUGGGACUUCGCCCCGAGCCAGAGCAUCCGGGUUGGGAGUCAUGUGACCGGCGGGGACAUCUAUGCCCUGGUGGCCGAGAACUCUCUCAUCAAGCACAAGAUCAUGGUACCACCCCGGAGCCGGGGCACCGUGACCUACGUCGCCCCGCCGGGGCUCUAUGACAUCUCGGACGUGGUGCUGGAGCUGGACUUCGAGGGCGUGGCAGAGCGGCUCACCAUGCUACAGGUGUGGCCUGUGCGGCAGAUCCGGCCUGUGACGGAGAAGCUCCCCGCCAACUACCCGCUACUGACCGGCCAGAGGGUCCUGGAUGCCCUCUUCCCGUGCGUUCAGGGCGGGACCACGGCCAUCCCGGGGGCCUUUGGCUGCGGCAAGACUGUCAUCUCGCAGUCGCUGUCCAAGUACUCCAACAGCGACGUCAUCAUCUACGUGGGCUGUGGUGAGCGCGGCAACGAGAUGUCGGAGGUGCUGCGGGACUUCCCUGAGCUCACCAUGGAGGUGGAUGGGAAGACAGAGACCAUCAUGAAGCGCACUGCGCUGGUGGCCAACACGUCCAACAUGCCCGUGGCUGCCCGGGAGGCCUCCAUCUACACAGGGAUCACACUCUCGGAGUAUUUCCGCGACAUGGGCUACCACGUCAGCAUGAUGGCCGACUCCACCUCCCGCUGGGCUGAGGCGCUGCGCGAGAUCUCCGGCCGGCUGGCAGAGAUGCCUGCAGACAGCGGGUACCCGGCCUACCUCGGCGCCCGCCUGGCGUCCUUCUACGAGCGUGCAGGACGGGUCAAGUGCCUGGGCAGCCCGGAGCGGGAGGGGAGCGUGAGCAUUGUUGGCGCGGUGUCCCCGCCGGGAGGUGACUUCUCCGACCCUGUGACCUCUGCGACCCUGGGGAUUGUCCAGGUCUUCUGGGGGCUGGACAAGAAGCUGGCCCAGCGGAAGCACUUCCCCUCGGUGAACUGGCUCAUCAGCUACAGCAAGUACAUGCGGGCGCUGGACGAGCACUACGAGCUCCACCACCCCGAGUUCACCGCCCAGCGCACCAAGGCCAAGGAGAUCCUGCAGGAGGAGGAGGACCUGGCUGAGAUCGUGCAGCUGGUGGGCAAGGCCUCCCUGGCUGAGGCUGACAAGAUCACGCUGGAGGUGGCCAAGCUGAUUAAGGAUGACUUCCUGCAGCAGAACGGCUACUCCUCCUACGACAGGUUCUGCCCCUUCUACAAGACGGUGGGGAUGCUGCAGAACAUGAUUGCCUUCUAUGACAUGGCCCGGCACACGGUGGAGUCCACAGCCCAGUCUGAGAACAAGAUCACCUGGGCCAUAAUCCGCGAGAGCCUCGGGGACAUCAUGUACAAGCUGAGCUCCAUGAAGUUCAAGGAUCCGGUAAAGGACGGCGAAGCAAAGAUUAAGGCUGAUUACGCCCAGCUGAACGAGGAAAUGCAGAACUCUUUCCGCGGCCUGGAGGACUGAGGGUCAGCAACCGGGGCCUCGCUCGGGACUGGCUGGCUGGUGACCUGGGUCUUUAUCAGGAAUGUCUCUAUUUAUAAAAUUUUUUUUAAAUGGUCCGUUUACUCCCAAAUUCCCUCAUUAUGUGUCCGCUGUGGUGUUACCUGUCAGCUCUGUGCUUUGGGGAACCAGGGCUCAGUACCCAGCCUGUCUGACUCACGAAAGCCCUUCCCCGCCCCAGCCUCUGCCUGAACCAAAACCGAUCAGAAGAAAGACUUACAAAGAGCAAUGAAAAGGCCGUGGGAGACACCCCUAAACCCCUCUGGAAAAGGGUGACAGGAUUAAGGCUACUCCCCUAACCUCAUUUGCAUCAAGGAUGGGACAGGGAGGCAUCCGCAUUAGCAUACAGAGAUUCCAAGGCAAGAACCGCACUGAACUCUGGGGGAUUUCUGCUCCAGGUGUUAACGAACCCACGCCUGCACACACCCAGCUCAGCAGUUAUCAGACCAAUUCUAGUAAUAAAUCCUUUAUUGGUAUCCAAAAUACUGAAGCUACAUAAUUGUAUUGUGAGGUCCCGCGAAGAAACACCACCCAUAGCCAGUAAGGAGCAGUUCCUAUUGUCUAGCCUGAACAAAACAACUUUGGUAUCCUCCCUUGAGCCAUCAGUUUACCCAUAAACAAAUCGAGUGUUCUCCCUUGAACCAUUGUUGUUUCCGUAUAAAAACCCGCGACCCACGCUUAAGUAAGCGUUCUGACACCUGCGUCCAAAAUCUGUGUCAGUUCCACUGGGACUUCAUCUUCUCCUGACCAUGGGUGGCGAGUUAUAUGGGCCCGUGGUGCCUGGGCGGCUUCCUGCCUGCUCGCUCCACGUGGCUGCCGGCCCAUCCCUGCGGCCCCUGGGCAGGGUGGGUCUAUGUCUCAGCCCAAGCGCCCCUGUGGCCAAUAGGAAAUGCGAGGGCAGUGCCUGGGGGUAGCAGCGCACAGAGGCCCCCUGGCCCGCCCUGCCUAGGAGCCCUAGGUAAGCGCUGCAUUCCUCCCACCCCCUCCCAGAGUCUGCACCCCCACCCCUUUCCCACACACCCCCUCCUCCCCCAUACUCCCUCCCAGAGCCUGCACCCCCACCCCCAGCCCAGAUCCUGCACCCAAACUCUGUCCCAGAGCCUGUACCCCUCAUCCCCUCCUGCACCCCCAGCCUAGAGCCUGCACCCAGCACCCAAACUCCAUCCCAGAGCCUGCACCCCAGACCUCCUCCCCCAACCCAAACUCCCUCCCAGAGCCUUAGGCAGGUGGAAGGCAGAGUUUCCGGGGGCGGGCUCUGGGUGUUCUGGGCACCACCAAAAUUUCUAUAAACAUGCUGCCCCUGCUCCUGACUGAUCGUGCUGGGGGCUCUGCCUGUCUCCAGCACUCUGGACCCUCAGCUACCCCCACCACCUGGGACCCCCGAUUGAUUCAAGCUUCACGGAGUGGUGAGAACCCAGCUCUCUCUCUCUCGCUCUCUCUUAGGUGUAGCCUUCUGACCCUGACGUGUGUGAUCAGUUAUAGUUUUCUAAACCUGACUUGUAUAAUCAACUGUAAGUUAGAUUUAAUAUUAUAACUGUUUCGUUUGUUUGGCUCCCCUUGGAUGGUUAUUACCUGUCAAUAAAUAAC